CAUUUUGGAUGUGUGUGUUGGGAUGGAAGCAGCGAGAAAAUCAAAAUCCGACAGAAAAGCAGCGAAAAUCAGCCGCAGAUCGGAGAGUCUGAGCAAACACGAGCGCUGAAACAGAGCGGAAACCGUCGAGGAAACAGCCGGAAGUGCGCGGAAGAGGCUCGCGACCAGCGCAAUCUGCAGUAACAGGACCAUGUCUCCUCCUCAUCUGAAGUCUCGGCGUCCCUCAUCAUCCUCAUCAUCAUGACAGAUUUCUCUGCGUGUCUGUGUCCGUGAGCAGCAGCAGAUCAUGAUGAUUUAUGGGCUGAUCCCUCAGGAGUUACACCAGCAGCUCCUGGACCAGCAGAACUACCAGAACCGGACCAGCGGUGUGGAGGAGCUGAAGAUGCUGCUGCUGGAGCUGGACCUGCAGCAGCUUCCCUCCGCCUGCAUUACUGACUUCAUACAGUUCCUGCGCCGCCUGCUGGACGACAACAACUUCAAGGUCCUGCACGGCGCUCUGCAGCUCCUCAGCCUGCUGGUGCAGAAGCUGGGCGUGGAUGUGGAGCGCUACUAUAAGGAGAUCGCGUCGGUGACGGUGCGGGCGCUGGGGGACUCGCGGAGCGUCGCGCGGCAGGAGUACAUGAGUGUGUUUCGGCAGCUGAUGCGAGCCGUCGGGCCGCAGCGUGUGUUAGAUCUGCUGCUCUCUCAGCUGCGCCACAGGAACUCCAGGGUUCGAGAGGACGCCAUCAACAUCGUCACCGCUGCCAUGCUCACACACCCACGCAAGGACUUCGACAUCCCCAGCCUCUGUCUGGAGGCGGCCCCAGCUCUGGUGGACAGUAAGAGGAAGGUUCGUCACGCGGCUCUGGAGCUGUUUGCCGUGCUGGAUUACUGUCUGGAUACGGGGAAGAAGCAGCCGCUGAUGCGGGCGGUGGAGCGUGUGGAGCUGACGGCGGACGCUCAGGGCCUGAUGGGGGCAGUACAGGCCCGCAGAGCCCGACACGUCCUGCCACGCCUGUCCGCUGACGGGACGCUGGAGUACGCCCUCGCCCUGCCCCGUCCCGGACACCGGCGCCUGCCGCAGCUGGGGUCAGGGGCCGACCUGGACUGGGUGCUGAACGGUGGACGAGUGCACAGCUCACGCGGGACGCUCACCAGCACAGACGUGGAUCAGGACAGCGCUCCGCAGAGGAGGAUCGCCAGCGCCGGCAGGGGGAAGAACAAGCUGCCCUGGGAGAGAGCAGCACUCAGCGGGAGCAGGACAACACCUGAGCAGCAGCAGGUCAGCAGUGAGGACUCCUCCUCCUCCUCCUCUUCCUCAGUGAGACUCCAUGCAGACUCUGGUGCCAAACGCAGUCCUCUUCAGUCUCCGGGUCGCACACACAGGUCUGUGGGUCGACAGCGGCGCAGUGGGAGUCUGGACUCUGAUCCUGAAAUCUUCAAGAUGAACAAUGACAAAGGUGUGCCCAAGAGCAGUGGUUUCCCAUCAGGCAGUGUGGAGCGAACCUUCUCCCUCCCCACCAACAGCACUCCUCCAGGCUCCUUCCUGCUGCCGUCCUUCCCUCUGACCCCUGCUGUACCGCGCAGAAACCCUGCAGACGCCACACACACUCUGACCAACACACACACCUGGCCCAGCAGAGGAGACCCCACAGGUGAGCUGAGCUCCAGCAAGCGCUCUCCUCUUCCUCCUGGAGCCGCUCGAGUGUCCUCCGUUCGCCAGAGCCGAGAGAUGCAGGAGGAGAUGCUGGACCGAGAGGAGAUGCUGAACUCUCUGCGCUCCCUGAGGAACAGCGCAGCCAAGAAACGAGCUAAAGUGAGUGUGAGCGGCUCCGAGGCGGAUCCAGACAGCCCACAACACACACCUCCAUCAGUCAGCAGCCCACUGAGUGACGGCGGCCUCAGUCCCAUCAGCUCUGCUGCCAAAGGAAAACUCAGCACAUCACCGGCGGCGGCGGACAUCACUGCUCCAGGCGUGUCGCAGCAGGAGCCGUGUGUGUGUGAGGGCAGUGUAAGUGUGGUCGGUCAGAGAGUGUGUUUCACCAGAGCUCCGGAUGCAGAAGAGCAGAAGGUCAGCGAGGUCAGCUCGUCUCCUCAGGUCAGAGCUGCAGGACGGGAGCCGCUCCGAGCACUCAGACCUGCUAAAGGAGCACCACAGCAUGUGUCCAAGUCGUGCGGUCUGCGUGAGAUGUCGGAGGGUGUGAUUGGACGAGGAGUGUUUGGCUCUGCGGUUCUCCCCAGUCGGCCCAGUGUUUCUGCUUCUCCUGAGCAGAGUGAUGCGGUCAGCAGAGCAGAUCCUCCGUCAGCGGUGUACGGACACGCUUUCUCCAGCAGACACACAGACUCGGACGCCAGUCCUGAACCACAGCAGCUGCAGGAGAAGGUGAAACUGUGUAAGUUUGCGAGUGAGAAGAGGCAUCAGCGACGUGUGGAGCAGCACGAGCUAAUCAGACGAGACGAUGAAGAUGAUGAAGAUGAAGAUGAUGAUGAUGAUAGGAAAGACAUCAACAUGAACGGCUGUGAGUCUCCCUCAGAUGAAUCUCCCUCCAGCCCGAACGGCCCAAUCAAAAGCCUGAGCCCCGCCCAUCAGCCUGCCCCUCCGACCGGACCGCCCAAUAGAAACACAGUGCCGCGACUCAGACGAGCAUCUAGUCUGAACAGAAGCAGACCGGCUGCCACACACAGCUGCGAUGAGCUGCUUUCUGGCAGUCCUAAGAAGGAGUCCCAGGAUCAGCCGGAGCUGCGGCCGUUCUCUAAACCGGAGCUGGCGCUGACCCAGAGCUUCAGACUGACCGCUGCAGAUGACUGGGAGAAGAAGAUCGAGGGUAUGAACAUGCUGCGCAGUCUGGCUCAGUAUCAUCCUGAUGUGCUGAUGAGCCGCAUUCAUGACGUGUGUCUCGCUCUCAUUCAGGAGGUGCGUAAUCUGCGCUCCGGCGUGUCACGUGUUGCCGUGGUGACCCUGGGCGAGAUGUUUGCAUCUCUGCAGAAGGGGAUGGACCAGGAGCUGGACGGGCCGGUGCGAGCGCUGCUGCAUAAAGCUGGAGAAUCCAACGGCUUCAUCCGCGCAGACGUGGAGCGCACGCUGGACAGCCUGACACAACACUGCACACACACACGCUGCAUACACGCACUGCUGACCGGAGGACUCGGUCACCUGAACGCAGCGGUGCGCAGGUGUACAGCUCAUCAUCUCAGUGUUCUGCUGGAGCGUGUGGGUGCUGCUCGGCUACUGAGCGGUGUUAAAGAUGUGACGGAGCGACUGCUGCCCGCCGUGGCCAAACUGGCACAGGACUCCAGUCAGGAGGCCAGGUACUUCGGGCGGCGGAUGCUGCUGUUUCUCUCCUCUCACCGUGACUUUGAUAAGAUGAUGGAGAAGUUCAUUCCUGCUAAAGACCUGCCGGCCAUCAGAGACGCCGUCUUCACUCUCAAAACUAAGGGUCUGGGUGAAAUGCCUCAGGAUCUCCCAUCAGCGCGGGGCAGACGCUCUCUGACGGGCAGUGGACUUGUGCGCACCUCAUCCCUCACGCGAGACCCUCUGACGGCCAGCAGCAGGGAUCCGUCGCUCAGUAAAGCAUGCGCUCACAGUCUGGCGGAGCGCAGCGAGUACGUCAAGCAGAUGAAGACGCUCCUCAACUCCAGAGACUUCAGGGAGAGGAUGAAGGCCAUCGAUCAGCUGGUGUGUGACUGUGAGGAAAACCCAGCUCUGGUCAUCGGCAGCCUGUUCCCGGUGUUUGACUGUCUGAAGGCGCGUCUGCAGGAGUCUAACAGUAAGGUGAAUCUGCGCGCUCUGGAGGCUCUGCACUCCAUCAUCACUCUGCUCAGAGAUCAUCUCUCUCCAGUGCUCAACAUCCUCAUCCCGGCGCUCGUGGACAAUCAUCUCAACUCCAAAAACACACUCGUCUACACGGCGGCACUGGCGGCGCUGCAGGCCCUCACACACAACAUCGACAACAGUCUCCUGCUGCAGCCCUUCUGCUCUAAAGCACAGUAUCUGAGCGGGAAGGCAAAGCUGGACCUGAUUGAGAAAGUAGCAGAGGUGGUGUGUGAUCUGUAUCCCCGCAGGCCUCAGCUGGUGGAGCAGAAGACUCUCCCUCUGCUGUGGACUCUGCUGGGCUCCUGCAGUGCUGGAGGUGGAGGAUCUCUGAGAGCGGCGACACUCAAGCUGGCGGAGGCGCUGCACACACACAUGGGCACAACACUGCUGGAGCUGGCAGCUGCACAGAGCACACACACACUCACUGAUCUCAACCAGCUCCUGAGACACACAAACACAAACUGAAGACAUAUACACACACACACACACACACACACACAGACACUUGCACUCAACCUGAUCACACACAGUGCCUGACAGCUGAGCACUGUCACUUUGCACUUUCCUCCUCCUCCUCCAGCUCCUCCUCGUCAUAUAGCCCCUCCUCCUCCUCUUCUACCUCCUCCUCCUGCUAAUCCUCUUCCUGCUCCUCCUCUUCAUAUAGCCCCUCCUCCUCCUCUUCUAGCUCCUCCUCGAACUCCUCCUCAUCAUAUAGCCCCUCCUCCUCUUCUAGCUCCUCCUCCUGCUAAUCCUUUUCCAGCUCUUCCUUUUCAUAUAGCCCCUCCUCCUCUUAUAGCUCCUCCUCCAGCUCCUCCUCUUCAUAUAGCCCCUCCUCCUCCUCUUCUAGCUCUUCCUCCAGCUCCUCUUCGUCAUAUAGGUUCUCCUCCUGCUAAUCCUCCUGUAGCUCCUCUUCUAGCCCCUCCUCCAGAAGCCCCUCCUUUUUUUGAGCUCUUCCUCCUCCUCUAGCUCCUCCUCUUGAAGCUCCUUCUCUUGUAACUCCUCCUCCUCCUUUGAAGCUCUUCCUCCUUCUCAAGCCUCUCCUAAAGCUCCUCACCCUCCUGAAGCUCCUGCUCCUCCUCUAACUCCUCCUCAUGUAGCUCCUCUUCCUCCUACUCUAGCUCCUCCUCCUGAGACUUCUCUUCUUCUAGCUCCUCCUGAAGCGAGCUCCUUCUCCUCUUGAAGCUCCUGCUGCUCCUCUAUCACCUCCUCCUGUAGCUCCUCCAGAUCCUCCUCUUUUUCUACCUCUUUCUUGUACCUCUGCUCCCCCUCUUGUAGGUCCUCCCCAGCUCCUCCUCCUCAUCAUCUAGCUCCUCUUCCUCUAGCCCCUCUCCCUGAAGCACAUCUAGCCACAUAUCCACUUGUAGCCCCUCCUCAUCAUCAUCAUCUAGCUCCGCCUUCUGAAGCUCCUCCUCAUAAUCUAGCUCCUCCUCCUGAAGCUCCUCCUCCUCUAGGCCCUCUUCCCGAAGCUCCUUUGGCAGCCCCUCCUCCUCCUCAUCUAUCCCCUCCUCCUGAAGCUCCGACUCUAGCUCCUCCUCCUGAAGCUCCUCCUCCUCUAGCCCCUCCCCCUGCCCUGAAGCUCCUCCUCCUGCUGGUGUCUGGUCUCUGCACAGAAUGUAAUCUUAGAGAAGCACAAUAGGAUGGGCUGUUGUUUUGUAGCGUGUGCUUUCAGCAUGUCUGACAGAUGUUUGUACUGUAUAAUAGCGCAGUAUUAGCUGUACGUAUACUGUAUGUCGCUGCAGUAUAAAUAUGGUCCAUAUUUGCGGAUGUUUCGGUGAGUCAGUGAUUAUGGCCUGUUCUCGGUGCGACCCGUCUUGGUUUUUUUUGCAUGACGAUGUUUAUUGUUCUUUUUUAUUGUAAAAAAAGGAUGAGAAUAUCAUUUUGAAGAAGCAGAAUGCCUUGAUCAGCUCUGGGUGUGACACCAGUGUAUUUUUGUGAACGUGAAGCUUUAAAUAAUAACAACAGUAACAAUAAGACCAGAUGUAGUUCAGCUUAGUGCCAGUCACUCCACUACAGCCUUUAUGAGAUUUGACAUUAAAUGAUAUAUAAAUAUAUAUAUAUGAGAGAGAGAUUUAUCUAUAUAAUAA